AUGAGAACUUUAAUCUUCUUAUCAUUUACAGUAUUUACUGCCUUUUCAGAUGAAUGUAAACCACCCUUUGAUAAUUGUUUUUCAUGUACGACAGAUAAUCCAUCAAAAUGUGAAAGAUGUAAUGUAGGAUAUUAUAUUAAAGAUGAGAAAUGUUCAAAGUGUUUAGAUAACUGUUAUAUCUGUACUGACACGACUAAAUGCACAGCUUGCACAGAUGGUUAUCUUCUCGAAAAAAGUGGAUCUUGCACAAAAUGUUCAAAAGGUUGUUCAGUUUGUACUUCUGCCACUGUCUGUACCGCAUGCAAUGAUGGGUAUUAUAUUGAAAAAAAUGUAUGUAAAGGGUGUUCGGAUGGCUGUUCAACUUGCAGUGGUGCCGCCACUUGUACUAGUUGUAAUGAUGGAUAUUAUCUAAAUAAUAACAAAUGCACAAAAUGUACAACUGGUUGUUCAAAAUGUAGUGAUGCUACUAAAUGUACCGCAUGCUUAAGUGGUUAUUAUUUGGAUGAUAAUAAUAAUAAAUGCACGAAAUGUACAAUUGAAGGUUGUGCAACUUGUAGUAAUGCUAACACUUGUUCUGGAUGUACAACUGGAUAUUAUCUAAAUAAUAACAAAUGCACAGCAUGUACAAAUGGUUGUUCGAAGUGUACUGAUGCUAAGACGUGUUCUGUAUGUAAAACCGAUUAUUAUCUUGAAAAUAAAGAAUGCAAAAAAGAAGUGACUUGUGGUGCUUCUGUAAUGGGAUGUUCGAAGUGCAAAGAAGAUAAAACAACUUGUGUUUCAUGUACAGCUGGAUAUUAUCUUGAAGGAGGUAAAUGCAAAAAAUGUAAAACUGGCUGUUCAAAAUGCAGCGAUGCUAACACUUGUACUGGCUGUGUUGAUGGAUAUUAUUUGGAAGGAGGUAAAUGCAAUAAAUGUACAAAUGGCUGUUCAAUUUGCAGCGAUGCUAACACUUGUACUGGCUGUGUUGAUGGGUAUUAUAAAAGUGGUCAAACGUGUACAAAAUGUGCAGCAAAUUGUGCAAAAUGUACUGGUGCUGAUAUUUGUUCUAAAUGUGACCCCGGUUUUGUUGGUUACCUUUCUUCUAAAGGUGUUUGUACUCCUUGUUACCCAGAUUAUAAAUGUGCCACAUGUGUUGAAGACCCCAAGGAUGUCAAUGGUAAAUGUAAAACAUGUGAUUCUACUACUAUCUAUAAAUACAUGAAUGGAAACAAAUGUGUUGAUUGUGCAACUGGAAAAAUUAAAACAGAUGGAACUUGUGAUACCACUGAAAAUGUAUGUGGAAAUGGGUGUUCUGCUUGUAUGGAAGUUGCUGAAAAUACAACAGCAAAAUGUACCAAAUGCACUACAUCAACUGAUUACAUCAAUCUUGAUGGAACAUGUGAUAAAACUUGCAAAAUUGGUAAAACUAAUAAAAUUAAAAUGAUGUGUGAAGAAUGCACUAUUAAUGGGUGUGAAACUUGUGACAUGGUUGGAAAUGCUGAGCAAUGCACUAAAUGUAAAACCAAAUACAUUUCUACCGACAAAAUAUCAUGUAUUGAUAAAUGUACCAUUGGUAAACCAGUUGAGACUCCAAUCAAAAAGUGUGAUAAAUGCGCCACUGAAAAUUGCGAUGUUUGUGACAAAGAUGACAAGUGCACUCAAUGCAAGACCAAAUUCAACCUCAUGGCUGACACUUCGAAAUGUGUUGAUAAGUGUCCAGAAGGAUAUAUGAUAGAUAAAACAAAUAAUAAAUGCAUUAAAUGUACCGUUGAAGGGUGCGCAACUUGUGAAAAUGUGGAUGAAUGCACUGCAUGUAUGGCUGAAUACAAGUUGGAGGGAGGAAAAUGCAAUGGAGCUAAUGCCGUUUUCGCGAUAAUGGCUUUAGUCGUUAUGGCUUUCUUAUUCUAA